GCUGCUUAUCACACAAAAAAAGGUGCAUAAACGACCCUUCUUUUAGUAUAGAGUUCACAGUUCAGUGUUCAACAGCUGCAAAGAAGACAUCGCACCAUUGUGAAUGCAAAAAACAAUGAUUUCCACCUACAUGAUCAUGACCGCUCUGACAACAACAGCUCUGGCAACAACAGCUCUGACAAAAGGGUCAACUGAAUGCAAUUUCUCUGGACGCUCUGAAACUCAGCAGUGUUUUGGAGCCGUUGGACAGCUGUUGAUUUUUCAUUUGCCAAAUGCACCAAAUACAGAGGUUAGGUUGACAAAGGAUGAUAAAUAUCUCAUUUUAAAAAUAGUCAAAAAUCAGAUAGAGACUGCCCAUAAAGAAUAUACAAAUCUGUCUGAUCGCUUCACCAACGGAACAAUCAAACUAGGUAAAGCAAUGAAGAGACACUCUGGAGAUUACCUGUUGGAAGAAUUUGGAUCUAACGGUGCUUCACUGAAAAAAGUUAAAGUGCAUCUACAAAUACAAGUUCCAGUGUCAAAGCCAGCUGUGUCUCAGAUGUGUUUGUCACAAGAACAGAUGGACAUCACCUGCUCCUCUGAGGGAGAUGGAGUAGAGUUCAUUUUGACUUUGGACGGUCUCUUACUGAUACAAACCAGAGGCCACAACCAGUCCCCAAGCAGCUGGACUGCAAACAUGCAGUCAGUGGCUGGGAAUAAAACUGAACAAGACAAACCCAGUGUUACAAAUGUGACGAUCAGCUUACACGGUCAGCUGACUGGAAAAUUGCUGUGCAAUGUUUGGAACAAUGUCAGCAGAGAUGAAACAGUUAUUCACCUACAAAGCUGCAAAGAUUUAGUUGGUUCCUUCCAUGUUGUGACUGUGGCUGUGACAGCUGGUGUUGUCACUAUCCUUCUCCUUGUGGCUCUGUGUCUCAGUAUAAAACAUCAACAUUACGAACAAAGACCCACGACUGUUAUUAAUGAGGGUAACUUUGAUGAAAUUUCUGACGUUGUCUACACAGAUGUUAGAGUGAUAAAAAACAGAAAAAGCCAGACUCAACUGACAUAAUUUUCUCCUAAAACAUUAUUUAGCAUUUUGAAAUGUAACUUAAGUUAAACCUUGCUGCAAACCUAUAAAACCCUUGUGAUAAAAAAAUGUGAUCACGGAUCAUUGUCAUGCCUGUCCAAAAGUUUUUUUCUUUUGUGAUUAGUAUGCUUGCAAAUAUAUCUAUUGUGCACUAUUUUCACACUAGUUUUAUUUUCUAUAGGUUUCUAAACUACUAUAUUUAAAUUGUUAAAGUUGUUUUUUAAGCAUUCAUGCAUUUGCUUACCAAAAAUGAAAAUGCCAUUAUGUGAUUUUAUUUUCUGUUGCUCUGUAAUUGUGUGGU